UGGCAAUCUUCCGCCUGGCAAGACAACUUUGCCGCAAAUUGUGUUUAAAUUAGUUAAAUACUCGAAUUACGGUGCUCGCAGAUCGUAACUAACAGCCCCAACAUGCUCCCGGAACAUGUGCCAUUGGCAUCCAUUGCUAAUAUGCCGUCAGUUAUACAGUUUGGCGCCAACAAGGACUUCCAAACGCUUACCCAUCAACAGGAGCUGGACAAAUCAUUUCUGGGCUAUCAAAAGCGUAACUGGGUGCAGUCCAACAGCAAGAUAGACACAGAGCGCGAGCGGGAGUUACUCAAGUCGCUGCUGGCCACCACCAUAGAGACGGAUCAGUCCGGCAGUGGCUUGGACAACCUCAUACCCGAUGGCAUCAGCUACCGCGACUUGGCCACGCUGACCGACGAGGAUCUGCGUCUGUUUGGCUUCAACUCGGCAACGCAUCGCGAGGAAAUGCUCAAAACGUUUGCCAAAAUGCCCAACCAGGAUCCCAGCUAUGAUUACCUGUGCAACACGGACAUGGCCAAGCAAUACAAUUCGCAGAUUCUGGGCAAAACCACAAAUCAUGCCAUGUCGCUGCGCGCCUCCCUUGCGGCCACCAAUUACAAGAUGCAAGUGAUGCCAGUGGAGGAUUUUGUGGUGGGAGACAAACGCUAUGCAAGUCGCUUUGCGCUGGAGACCUUGGAGCAGAUGUCCAAGGACCUGAAGAAGAUUGAAAAAACAGUCGAUGAGCUGCAGAAAAUAGAUGAAUCGCAGGCCAAGGCAGGCAGCAAGAAGAAGUUAAAUUUGGUUACUUGCGCUUACUACGCAGCCAUGGCUGUGGGUUUGUCCUGUGCCUGGUUUUGGUGGUGGUCAAAGUAUAAUGGAGCCGCACGACUGGACAGGAUCUCGGUGGCAACUUGAGCCAAAGCUAAAGCAUUCUAUCGAUGCCAUUCCCUUUGGUUAAGCAACGUGAAACAUGAACAUCAUUUAAAAAGUGUAUUAAUUCGGACAAAUAGCAGUUAUAACCUUAGCAUAUAGCAUCUACAUAUAUAAACUCUGCAUUCCACUUGG